UCGAGUCAUUCAAUUUCACUGCAACUAUCGUGUGCCUGAAAAUCGCUGUAACAAAUGCCAGUUGAACAUGAAAAUAGCUCGAUAACCGAGCGAUGAGAUUUUCCAAAAAAUAUAACCUGGACGAUGUAAACAGUAGCAUCAUGCAGUUGGCUGAACCGAGCUAAACGUAAAUGGAAGAUAAAAGUGGUGAUGGAGAACAACCAGCUUCGAAAUUUGUUGACAUCGCCUAUCGCCAAUCGACGGUGAUAGCCGGCAGUAAUGACCCACCGUCAACGGAAAAACCCACCGAGGACUCAAAUUUUGUAUUUCCCACACGUUUAAAAAAUAAUCCCAUAGUUUCCGGUUUGACGUCGAAGGUAUCAGGGGCCUAUGACUCGUUGAAGAAAUCAAAUGCCAGAGUUGAGUCCAUCCUGACCUUCACGGAGGAGCAUUUACAGGAAGGGGUGAAAAUAAUUAGUCCAGUAACAAAUACCAUCGGCAAUGCUCUUGGAGAGCCCCUAAAAACCAUCGAUUCCGCACUCUGUGAUAGUAUUGAUUACCUGGAGGAAAAAGUACCGCAGUUGAAGGACUCAACAGUCCAGUACUCAAAUUCAAUCGUGGAAACUGUACGAGGAAAAUUGGGAAAUGUUGUUAAAUCCGAUGAAACAUCUGAAUCGAGAGAACCUCCAAAAGAAUAAUCGAUGGAUUAUUUUUGUAGAAUUUUGUAAAUUGUAAAGCCAUGAUUUUAAUAAAUUAGAAACUGAUUGACUC